AAGUUCUCUGGCACCAUGCCGGAUUCCCAGUGUGCAGCGUUUGGCUGCGGAAAAAAUAUCACUUUCAAGUCCAUGAGUUUGCCUACCAAUGAUCUAAUGGAGGAGAAAAAGCAUCAUGUCGAAACUGGAGAAGAAAUUCUCUCACAGACUGAAAGUAUUACUUUACUGAAAAGAAGAGGCAAGAAAGGUUUUGCCUGCACUCAGUGUGGAAAGAGUUUCACAUACAAACAGAGUCUCAAAAGACACAUGAACAUCCACACUGGAGAGAAACCAUACACAUGUGAUCAGUGCGGGAAGAGUUUCACUCAAUCGUCAAACCUUAAGAUGCACAUGAACAUCCACACUGAAGAGAAACUGCAUGAAUGUGAUCAAUGCGGAAAAACAUUUGCAUGGGAUUCAAGCUGGAUUAAUCACCUGAAAGUUCAUUCAAAUGAGAAACCACAUUCAUGUUCUUUGUGUGGAAAGAGUUUUUCUCAACUGCAGAGUUUAAAACUACAUCAGAAGAUACACGCUGGUGUAAAAGAUUAUAUGUGUUUUGAGUGUGAGAAGACUUUUAGUACAGAUAAAGAUUUGAAACGGCACCAGAGGAUACACACUGGAGAGAAACCUUACAAGUGUUCACACUGUGAGAAGAGAUUCAGUCGGUCAACACAUCUGAAAUCACACGAGAGGAUUCACACUGGAAGGAAACUGUAUCACUGCACUACAUGUGGGCAGAGUUUCAGUCAUACGUCUUCUUUACGGAGACAUACAAUAAAGAAUCACAUUAAGUAGUUUAUCUCCAGGUCCAGCGUUUUCAAGUGCUACACUGCAUCUCUUCCGUAGCAAUUGAUGUAAAUUAUAUUAUGUUUUAUGAGCUUCAUUUUAUUUUCAAAAUGAUCUUCAAAUGCUUGUAGAUGGUUUUUACAGGUUCAAAAUGUUCCUGUGCACAGAGCUGAAAAAUAGGCUAAUUUAUUUUUAAUUAAAUCUUCACCGUUGUUUUAUUCCAACUGUUUUACAAAGUUGUUUCUCAAAAUACAGGGGUGAGAUUCUGUCUUGUAGGUUUACAUCUGUUCCAUCUUCACUUUUGUUCACUUGAGAUGCUUUGCUAUCUUGUUAGUCAAUGAAGAGAGAAAUUGGUCUUUUACUUUACAAAAUGUUUUAUUUCAAGGAUCGAACUUUUGUUGUCUGCUGAUUUUUCUUGCAUCACGAAUGAAUAAUUUAAUAAUUCUAGUUACAUCUAAAAGCCAUGAAAUUGCUUUUGGGGCUUAAUUACGUUUCUCGAUAAAGCUUUUUAAACUACUUAAUAAACUAUAUUCUCCCUCA